AUGUCUCUCAGCGAUGAGCAGCGCUCAGAGUCAGCUGCAGAGGACCUCCACAUCGCGAGCUCCACGCCCUCCAUCCCUCUCCUCCUCCACACCUGUCCAAUGUCGCCUCUUUCACAAUGCCCAAACCCCAGCCAAACCCCGGGCCAAACCUCAGCCACACCCCGAAACAAACCCGCCAAACCUCUAACAAACCCCGGCAAUACACCCCCAAUCCCCCAAACCGCUCCUUACCCCAGCAAACCCCACGCAAAACCCCGGCUAAACCCGCAAACCCCGGCUAAACCCGGCCAAAUCCAGCCAAACCCCAACACAAAAGGGUCAUCUUCAUCCAAUUCUGCUUGCAGCUCCAUCCGUCCCAAAAACAUACCCCCCACCUAUCAGCCCCCCGAGGAUACAGUACCCCACUCCAUCUCCCCAGAACAUACCCCACACCAUCAGCCCGAGGAACAGAACCCCACCAGUCACCUCCGAGGAACUAUUACCCACCAGUCCACGCCGGAGAACGAGUACCCCACCAUCACCCCAGAAACAAGGGGAUUGUGGGGUGUUUUGGGGGGUGUAUGGGGGGUUUAUUGGUUUGUGUAUCGUGUGUUGGGGUGGGGGGUGGUUUUUGUGAGUGGGUGUAGUGUGAGGGGGUUGGAUGGUGGCUUUUGUGGGGGGUUGGGGGGGAUGUGUGUGUGUAUUGGGGGUUUAAUUGGUGGUUUUGAAUGUGUGUUAAGGUUGUGUUGUGGUGGGUUGUUAUUGGGGUGGUUGUUGGGGUGGAUUUGGUGGUUUUUUGGUGUUUAUGGGUGGUAUGGGUGUGUAGUGUGGGGUAUGGGUUGUUUUUGUGGGGGAUGGGGGGGUGGGGGGGGUAGGGGGUUGUGGGGGUUGGUUGGGGGUGUUGAGGGGGGGGGGAUAGGGGGGGGUUUGGGGGUGUUUGGGCUGGGUUUGGGGGGGUUGGGGGGAGGGGUAAGAUGGACGGCGGGGGUUGUAGGGGUUGGGGGUGUUGGGGGGGGGUGUGGGGGGGGUAGGGGGUUGGGUGGGGUUGUGGAGGGGGGGUUGGGGGGGGGAGGAUGGAGGGGGUUGGGUUGUGGUUGGGGGGGUGGAGGGGGUGGGGGGGGGUUGGUGGGGUGGGUGGGAGGGGUUCAGGUGCGGGGUAGGGGGGUGGUGGGGGGGGUUGGGGGGUUGGGGGGGUUGGGUGGGACAACGCUGGGGUGGGGGGGUGUUGGGGGGGUGGGGGGGGUUGAGGAGUGGAGGGGGGUGGUUGUUUGGUGGUUCGGGGGGGUUGGGGUGGGGGUAGGGGUUGAGGGGGGUUGGGGGGGGAUACGGGGGGGUGUGGGGGGGGUGGGGGGGUUUGGGGGGUUGGGGGGGUGGGGUUUGGGGGGUUUGGGAGGUUGGGGUUGGGGGGUUGGGGGGUGGGGGGGGGUUGGGGGGUGGAGGGGUUGGGGGGGGGGGGUGGGGGGGUUGGGGGGGUGGGCAAUCUCAGCAAUCUCACUCACCCCUCUCAAGCCGAGUCUCAAGGCCGAGUCCUCACCCACCGAUCUCACAGAGUCUCAGCAAGUCCACCAUCUCACCAUCGCACGCCAGUCCAGCCAUAUCGCAGUCCGAUCUCAGCCGAGUCUCCAGCCCGAUGAAACUAAGCACUAA